GUUUCCUGUCCGAAACAGUCAUGCAAGGAUUUAACAAGUAUUAUCCGCCAGAUUACGACCCAGAUAAACACCAGAGUUUAAAUGCGUACAGAGGCAAACAUGCGCUCGGUGACAGAGCACGUAAACUCGACAAGGGCAUACUCAUAACCCGUUUUGAGCUCCCUUUCAACAUCUGGUGUGGAACGUGCAACAACCACAUUGGCAUGGGCGUCCGGUAUAAUGCGGAGAAGAAGAAAGUCGGUGCCUACUAUUCUACUCCGGUCUACUCGUUCCGCUGCAAAUGUCAUCUUUGCGAUGGCUGGUUUGAGAUCCAGACCGACCCGAAGAAUACUCGCUACGUAGUGGUAUCAGGCGCCCGUCAAAAGGACGAAGAUUGGGACCCAGAGGAGAAUGGCGGGUUUGCUAUUCACGAUACCGAAGGGAAAGCUGGUCCCGCGGAUCCCCUUGCAGCGCUUGAGAAGACCACCGAUGCCCAAAAUCAUGUCGCCAAGGUGCAAAUACCACGGAUUGAGGCCUUGCAGGGUGUUUCAGAUCACUAUAAUAACGAUCCUUACAAACUUUCAUCUAUGGUACGCAAGCGUUUUCGUGCAGAGAAGAAGAUCGAGGCACAGAAGCGCGCCCAUGACGACACGAUCAAAGGCAAAUACGGCUUACCGGAGGAGUUAAAACUCGUUGAAGAUGAUGCGGAGGCCAAGCAUCAGGCACGGGACGAAUGGGUGAGGGCUAGAAUGGAUCUUGAAGCAGAGAGAAAUAGUAAGAGACCUCGCUUAUUGACAUCAUCCGCAUCUGGUUCCCAAUCUCGGCCGACAUUGGACCCCGUAUCUUCUUUGAAGGCUCGCAUCCUUGACAAUACUCGGCGGUCAAGUACACUUGCAAGUAAAAGGAAACCUCCUGAUCGAAAAGUACUUCUCAAGUAGAUACGACGAUAUUGAUAACGGACCACUGUACACUUCGUUCACGCAAAAUUCAUUAUACUACUGC